AUGUACCCCAACUACCAUCAGCAAUCUCACAACUCCCCACCUAUGACCGAUUCAGUCCACAAUCCGGCGGCAGGGACAUCCGGAUCGCAAUACCCUCUGGCCUGGAAUAACCAGAUGCAUAAUAAUGGGCAGUACGGUGGCCAGGACUAUGCCCAAUACGCAGCUAACCAGUAUUGGUCUGGUUACAUGAAUAACUUCAACGCGCCUGCAUACAAUCCUCCACCGUCAGACAUCCCCUUCGAGCAAAUCAAUGCAGAUAAUAUCAAAGUAACUCUGCAUGAUGCAAAACUGUGGAAUUCAUUUCAUGAAUUGGAUAAUGAGAUGGUCACUCUACCCACUGGACUAGUCAUUUUCCCAUGCCUCUCCUAUAUCAUCUCCGGACUUCCUCAGCUUGCAACCUAUAUUUUUGGUUUGAAACUCAGAAUAGUGAACAAGAAUACAUUGGAAUACAAAAGUGGCAAGUGGAAAGAGACCGGGAAAAGUGUGAAGGCAGAUUUGGAGAGUAAUGAGAUAUUCACCGAGUCACAAGAUGGAAAAAUUGUGUUCAAAAACGCAAAGAUUCAUACAAUCAGAAAAAAAGAUAAUGCGAAAAGAAAGGAAGAUGACAAAUCAACGAAAAGAAAGAGAAGAGCUCAGGUAGAUCUGAACGAGGAGAGUAGCAAUUCACUCCUUGUCUCAAGCCACUGCCGAUACAUCCCAGUGCUCUCCGUAUACUACAUGCCAUCACAACAAUCCACAGAAAGAAAACUUCUGAAGACAUUUGAGAUCGAUGAGACUCAGUUCGUUGCAUUGACAUCUUAUAAGAAUGAAGCAGUUAGGAAGAUGAAGACAAAUCUGAAUCCAUUUGCUAGACCAGAUUAUAAGAAGGAGAUUGCCAUGAAUUCGGACGAAUCAUUGGUGAAUUCUACAAUGGAUUCUGGGAUAUCGUCGAUGGAUAACACAAUGUCUUCUUCAGCUUCAAGUGAUAUGUCACCGAUUUCUUCGAAACGGACAAAAUCUGAUGUCAACUUUUGUCAUCCAGAUACUUCUCAAAACCAAUAUCAGUUCGAUGGAUCAAUCUGGAAUUCAUCGAUGAUUUCAGGACCGUCCUACUUUCCGAAGUCAAACGAGAACAGUUUCAUGAACUCUACAUCAUCAGUCAACGGAAGUUCUGCAAUCAUUCAAAAUACUGGAUUGCAUCCACUACAGGAACACUCGUGGCAACCAACACAUCCCUAUGCCCCGACUUCUCCAUGGACAUCAAUUGUCCCAGGACAACCGAUUCAACCAUGGAUGGAUAACAGUUCAAGUCUAGAUUUUGGACAGAAUAACAACUAUCAGUUUUGA